AUGAAUAGUAUUGCAUUUUUAUUUUAUCCUGGAAUGAUCUGAAGAGUCUUUCCUGUGUUCCUCUAUGGGAAGGGGAGAGUUGUUUUUCAGUUGAAAAUGUUUCUCUUGUCGUGCGCAUGUAAUUCUAAUGAAACGACGACUCCUUCUUUGGCAGAUACGAGUAAGACUGCUACACGUCGUUUUUAUGGAAUAAAGUUAAAUCUCUUCAUCUUUUGUCUCGUUUACUUUAUUGUUGGAAAUACCGUUAAUGAAGAACCCUAGCCAUGGAUACUUAGAAAUCUCCUUUCCUCAAAAAUGAUAAUCGGAAUAACAAGAAAAUGGUUUCCUUUUCGCAAUUUUCUUCUCCAAUUUCCAUUAGUUCGCUCAAUUUCUUCGGUUUAACCAACAAUCCAAUCAGCAAUUGAAGCCAAAGCCUACCAGAAAAUCCCUGACCUUCUAAUUUCCUUAAAAGAGCAACCUUUCCAAAAUCCUAAUCCUUUCUCCUUCCUUUCUAACUUCCCUCUUAAGACUGCUACACGUCGUUUUUAUGGAAUAAAGUUAAAUCUCUCCAUCUUUUGUCUCGUUACUUUAUUGUUGGAAAUACCGUUAAUGAAGAACCCUAGCCAUUGAUAUUUAGAAAUCUCCUUUCCUCAAAAAUGAUAAUCGGAAUAACAAGAAAAUGGUUUCCUUUUCGCAAUUUUCUUCUCCAAUUUCCAUUAGUUCGCUCAAUUUCUUCGGUUGAACCAACAAUCCAAUCAGCAAUUGAAGCCAAAGCCUACCAGAAAAUUCCUGACCUUCUAAUUUCUUUAAAAGAGCAAUCUUUCCAAAAUCCUAAUCCUUUCUCCUUCCUUUCUAACUUCCCUCUUAAUCAAAGAACCCAAAUCGUGGAUGAAAUUUUACAAUCUUUUAUCCCUUUAAGACCACGAUCUUACCCGAAACUUGCAUAUUCUUUUCUCCUUUCUUAUACUCUUCAAAACCCCAAUCCUCUUCCUCUUGCUUUAGCCAUUCUACAAAGUACUCUUCGUUCUGGCCUUUCACCUGAACCCGGAAUUCGUCUUCUUCUCUCUUCUGCUUGGCUUGAUAAAAGAAAGCAAUCUCAAUCUGUAACUACCAUUCUAACGGAAAUGAAGUUUAUUGGGUAUUAUCCUGAUUGUGGUACUUGUAAUUAUAUUAUAUAUUGUCUUUGUGCUGUUGAUCAGUUGCUUGAGGCAGUUAAAGUCUUGAAGGGUAUGGGUAGGGUGGGUUGUGUUCCUGAUUUGGAAAGUUACGGCAUUGUUAUUGGUUCAAUGUGUGUAGCUAGAAAAACUGCUGAUGCAGUAGAGAUGAUAAAGGAAAUGGUGGUAAAACUUAGACUGAAUCCAAGGCAAGGAACAGUAGUGAAACUAUUAGCAAUGUUGAGGGCAAAUAGAGAAAUAUGGAGAGCAGUUGAGAUAAUUGAGUUUUUGGAGAGGGAGGGCUGUCCUGUUGGAUUUGAGAGUUACGAAUUGGUGGUUGAAGGAUGCUUGGACUGUAAAGAGUAUAUUUUGGCUGGAAAGGUAGCUAUAGGAAUGACAGAGAAAGGGUUUAUACCUUAUAUCAAGGUUAGACAAAAGGUGGUUGAAGGACUUGCUGGUGCUGGUGAAUGGAAGCUUGCUUGUGCUGUGAGGCAAAGAUUCACAGAGUUGAGCUCAUAGUUUCUUCCAUUUUUAUGGGAAUGAAUUCACACAUAUGUAAUGGUUGAUAUGGGUUGUUGAUUUUUCAUUUGUUAGCUGCAUGACAUUCUAAUCCUCUUAUGAUGACUAAUCUAUGGUGGUUAUUAUAUCAGGCAGUCACUAAGUGAGUGUUGGAGUUGAAAUCCACAGGGUAGCUAGGCUCCAUGGCAAUGCCACAGAUACCUUUCUUGCCCUUGGAACCACGCCUCAGUUUUAUAUAGCCAGAAUCACCCCACUCUGUACCCCAUGAAUUUUUAACGAGCCAGUACUUUUUACCAUCAGUUUCUCCGUAGCCGACUGCUGUGACUCCAUGGUUGAGUUGUGUUCCACAGAAGCCACUGAAGAUUCCUUUUGAGUAGAAUUGAAAUGAAAAACCACCGGCAUCAAUUGCAACAGAUACAGUUGCCAUCUUUUCCUUCAUAGGGAUAAUCAUCUUCAAUGGAGAGCCCCUGCUUUUGAAUGUAUGUAAACGCUGUUUCCAUGAAUCCACCAUUACAUCCCUGGCUAUCAUUGUGAGUAUCACAGUCUACAAGCUCUUGUUCUGACAGAGAUACUAAUUUUCCUGUCUUGAUUUUGUUAAUGCCUUCAACAGCUGCCACUGCAGAGAAUGCCCAACAACUUCCUGUAUAGAACUGUCACUUUAGAUCUUGUCAUGCCAAAAAUUCUUAGAAUAAAACAAAAUGAUUAAUUGACAAUUGGCAUAAAACAAAAGCACUUCUAAAAAGUGCACUUGGACUCAAAUUUCUCAGGGAAGAAAAAAAUGAAAAAGAAAAGGGAAACAAAGCUUCAUACCACAUUGACCUUGAUCUUUAACCGGGGUUACAGCGCCUUCCUUUAUCCAAUCUACUGAGGUUGGCAAGUCUGAGGAGUUUCCAUGCUCAUGGCUAGGCUUCUUUCUACCGUGUUUAUUAGCCUGAAAACCCAGGAUUAUCUGCAUAAUGGGAAGCUUAGGACGGCUAACCAAGAAUCUAGGAAAAUCAGGGCUGGGUAACUCUCUUGAUGCGGCUAAUGCUUUGGUCAAGGAUCGACGCUGAGCUGAGCCUACACAUUGCUGCUCUCACUAUAUGCAUCUGAUAUCGUUGAUGUGUUUUGUUUUAGCUUUUAGUACCGAUAUUCAUGCAAAAGGUGUGAACUUACAAAACCAAACCCAGAUGCCAAUAUUUAGUUUAACAGAUUAUGUAAACUAUCAUAUGGAUUGAUUUUGCAUGGAGUCUAUUAAUAUACCAAAUUCUAUUUUUCUUUAA